AGCCGGAGAAAGGAUUAGGGCAUGCGUUGGUGGCAGGCACCACCAGUGGAACUAUCGUCAAUCCCAAAACAACACGGGGCAUUGCCGAAGCUUCCAUGACUUGGACUGAAGGGCGUUCAGACAGUGAUUACAUUGCAACUGACUGUGGAUGGAUGCGGCAUGACCAAGGGGCAGAACAAUACAGGGCAACCUGCCGCUACUUGCGUUUGUCAUUGCAGCCGUUGAACUUCAGCAACUUCGGCUCUCGUGAUGUUUGGGUCACCAAGGUGGGCUACAACGGGAGCUUGCUGUGGGCACGGCAGCUGGGCUCUGCAGGCGAUGAGGUGCUGGGCGGCUUCGCUAUAAACCGCACUGACCACUCUAUCUAUGUGGCGGGAAGCACUUCGGGUAACAUGCUCCGGACCAGCCAUGCCAUCCAGGAUCCUGGACUUGAAACAGCAGAUAGUGGAGGGACAGAUUGUUGGAUCUUGAGGAUCAGUCAGUAUGGCGAAUACAUCAAGGCCUUUCAGUUUGGUAGCAACACGGACGACUUCGUGGCCGGUGUGGUCGUGGCCUCUGACGGUGUGUACGUUGGGGCCGUCUUCCCGGACCAGGCACUGGGUAUCAUAGCUGCUGGCGGUCAGGAUGCGGUCAUCGUGAAAUUCACAAAUGACUUGGUCUUCAUGUGGGCUGGCGUCAUCGGUAGUGAAGGCAACGAGAUCCUGGCCGGGAUCCACCUCUACACUGGCGACGCCACCGAUGGCCGGGAGCGGAUUCUGUGCUUCGGGCAGACGGAUUUCCACCUGUAUUUGGCCAACAAGUUCGUGGGGACACCUGACAUUUUCUUGACGAUCUUCAGCAUUGGUCCUACUGCCAACUUCGAGCGUGGGACGCAGGUGGGUUCGGGUGGCAUAGACGUCGCCACGGGUGCGGCCUCUGCGCCCGACGGUAGCAUCUAUUUGGCGGGCUACUCGGACGGCAACUUGUUCUUCGAUUGGGACCCUUUUGGUGAAAUCGCUGAUCCCAAGCCCGGGGCCUUUGACGGCUUUGUGAUGAAGUUUAAUGAGAAACUGGAAUGGCAAUGGACGGCCAUGCCUGGCACUGAAAAGGACGAGUACGUCCACGGCAUCGUCUUCCUGCCGGGCUUUACAGAGCAAAAGAGCGAUUUGCUGCUCACGGGCACGACUCGAACCUUUUGGCCCGAAGCAGAGUCCAUCAACGAUGUGGUCACGCCCGAUGGAUCAGUACCGACAGAGUUGGGACACGUCGACGCUUGGCUGAUGACCUUGUCGGCCACCGACGGCAGCUUCGCAGGUUGGCAGAAGCAGUUGCGGAGCACGGGGGAUCAACAACUCUUGGGCUUGGCAGCAGAAGCCGCCGGUGGCCAUGUGUACUUGGUUGGCUCCACCACCGACGGAUUCACCCCAGAGCUCGGGCAGACUGCACUCGUUGCCUAUGGCGCUGAUGACGCAUUGCUCCUGAAACUCGUAUGGGGCCGUGCGGCCGCACGCUGCUUCCGCGGUUCAGCGUGCGAAGCUUCCAUCAGCAGUGGGAUUGGACUACAGGAUGACCAGGGCUUGCUCUCUGCCACGCGCUGCGGCAGUGGCACUCGGAACGCCUUGGGCGUCCCAAACGGCACCACGGACGGCUUCGCUGUGGAUGACGGUGCUGGAGACACCUCAGGGCUCCGGCAACGAUUGAAAUGGGGCAAUCCACAGGAAGGGCGAAUCCUAGAAGCCAUCGUCGGGCGAUACGUCCUUUGUUGGUGCGCCAGCGGCUGUGAUGGCGCAGUACCCCUGGAAAUCUCCGUGGUCUUCAUUUCCGGGCCCAACCGAAAUCAGACUCGCACCUGUGUCCGUGGGCAAUCCUGCGACGUCACAGGGAUUGAGGGUCGAGAUUUAGAUUCCUGGGACCGUGUGGCAGCCAUGGACAGCUGUGCUGUGAAUUUUGCUGUGGGAUUUCCACAAGGGGGCUUCACACAAGGCAUUGUGACCUUCAAAUCACAAAAUGCAGACGAUCUCAGCUGCGCCACUGUUACACCAGAUGAGAUUGAAGGCGUGUCUUCCAACUUUGGCUGUGGAAGAGUGACUGCGAGCGCUGGUGACUACAAGCUGUGCUUUUGUACUCCGCGGGGUGCUGGUGCCCAAUGUGAGCAGAGCUUCGACUUUGGCUUCGAGAUUGGAGUUCUCACUUUAGAGGGCCCAUUCACUGGACAACUGCGGAAAUGCACUCAGAAUCAGCGCUGCGCGGUAGACACUAUCCAAGGGAUUGGCCUGAAAGAUGGUGAUUUGCUGCUGAUCUUGGAUGAGUGUCGCAUGCCACAGACAGGCCAGGCCAGCGGCGACAUGACCAUCCGUGGUGUUGCUGGGUUGACACCAGAGCUCCCUGUAGCGGCCUCCGGUGGUGGACAGUUUUUCGUGAUUGCUCAUCCAACUACAGCCGCGCUGGGCACCUACCGCAUGUGCUGGUGUCGACAAGGGGAUUCAGGUGGCUGCACACAAACGGACGACUUCGCAACUGAUGUUGGCCCGUUGUCAAUCGUCGCGCCAGCGGCCAACCACUACCGACGUUGCGUCCGGGGCCAGAUCUGUAGCAUUAUUGAUUUGGAAGGUUGGGGACUCGCAGAUGGAGAUGUAGUGCAUAUCUUGAAGUACUGCCCUAACGCGCCCAGCUACAACAUCUUCGAUGUGGACACAAUCCCACCUGAUGUCUAUGUGGACGGUUGGCCCCGCAAUGGUUUGUCCGUACCUGCGGAACUUGGUGGUCGAUCAGUGUCAUGGGGUGACGAACCAGUGAUGAAUGCAGUAGGAAUUUAUCAGCUCUGCUGGUGCAUGGGCAGCGCAGGUCAUCGGUGUACUUUGCCACAGGACUUCUUCGUCCCCAUUGGGGAGCUGGAAGUCGCUGGUCCUUUGCCGGAUCAAAGCUUCACGGCAGUGGCUGGUCAUCCCAUCACGUUGCCUCAGGUGUCAGCUUAUGGCAUGGGCCCAGACCUCAUUGCCAUUGUUCCUUUUGCAGCCAAUUGCACUGGUGCCUGGGAGAACAUCCUCGUUGCUGCUCAGACAACGGGUUUUCCGUCCGAAGGCAUUUUAGCCAUGUCUGUGCUACCUUUUCACGACUCCACCGGGACCGGGACCGUGACCGACUUCGAGGUUUCGAACUUCACUGCCGGGGUCGUCUCCAGAGGAGGUGGAACCUUUGCGCUUUGCAUGUUGAAGAGUGGCUCGAAGAAGGCCUUUGCAAACCGGGGCUACGAGUUCCUGGGUUGUGGAAAUGAAGAUGAGGCACGUGCUGCCUGUAAUCCAGCCCCUCUUCCGAUGCCCAAGAGCCUCGAAAGUCAGCUGAACUUGGAAGCUGCCGUCGCCAUGGCUCGGAAAGAAGGUGUACAAAUCCACCCCUGUGGGAUGGGAGUGUGGCUCGGCGCUCGUUGGUAUGGAAGUUCGAGUGCAGGGCGUUGGCUUUGGGACGAUGGUUCAAUGCUUUUGAAUGGGUCAUUCGACACUGUGGAAGCUUCUGUCGGAGUCUAUACCAACUGGGCUCCAGGGCAACCUUCGGCCAUCGGAGAUCAUGAAACUGAGCCUUUGUUGUACCUGAGCUAUCCCAGUGGCCGCUGGCAUGAUGCCCGACUCCAAAAGCACCAGUUCGCCGUAGUUUGUCAGGAAACAGUGGCGCAAGGAACGGGAAGUCUACGAUUGCAAGGCCCUUUUGGCAAUCAGACUUUCACCGCUUCAGCUGGAGAGCAGUUACAAAUUUCACCGCUCGAAGGGCUCGACCUGGCGGUCGGCGACAUGUUGCUGGCCACCUGGCCGAAUGAGCCAUGUGGCAUUGCCCGGGCAGCGCCUUUAGGUGGAGAAGGAAUCUCGUAUCCCUCUCCUGAUGGCAUGUCGUUCAACUUCAGCGGCACAGCCACAGCUCCAGGAGGGCCAUACCAACUCUGCUGGUGUAGACGGGCCAUCAAUAUCACCGACUGUCGGCAAGCCGAAGACUUCGUAGUGAAGGCCGCGGAUCUCCAGCUUCUGGGACCUUAGCUGGGUAGCCUCGUAGCCUGUGCCGCAAAGACGUUCAAGCUGCACGAAAAUCGUGCUAGCUUCCGACACACGACGCGCGAGAAAGCUGAGCCUGGCAAGCAUCUAAAAAUUC